CCUGUGUCACCAUUGCUAGGAAGAUGGUCCAGGAGCGCUCGGCUGUGUGAGUCCCCGCUCGAAGCCGGUGGAGACUGCGGUUGUUAUUGAUCAAGUGAAAUAGCAGACGCCGAAAUAAAAGAUACUAGAAAUGAUGUGUGAAGUGAUGCCAACGAUAAAUGAGGACACCCCGAUGAGUCAACGGGGGUCCCAAAGCAGUGGCUCGGACUCGGAUUCUCAUUUUGAGCAGCUGAUGGUGAACAUGCUGGAUGAAAGGGAUCGUCUCCUUGAUACCCUUCGGGAGACACAGGAAAGCUUGUCACUUGCACAGCAACGCCUACAGGAUGUCAUCUACGACAGAGAUUCCCUCCAGCGACAGCUGAACUCAGCACUGCCUCAGGAAUUUGCUGCACUGACAAAAGAAUUAAAUGCAUGCAGGGAACAGCUGCUUGAAAAAGAGGAAGAGAUUUCAGAACUAAAAGCUGAAAGAAACAACACAAGACUGUUACUGGAGCAUUUGGAGUGCCUUGUCUCGAGACACGAAAGGUCCCUGAGGAUGACAGUGGUGAAACGGCAAGCACAGUCUCCCUCAGGGGUUUCCAGUGAAGUUGAGGUCCUCAAAGCUCUGAAAUCUCUGUUUGAGCACCACAAGGCUUUGGAUGAAAAGGUAAGGGAACGACUGAGGGUUUCUUUAGAAAGAGUCUCUGCACUGGAAGAAGAACUAGCUGCUGCUAACCAGGAGAUUGUAGCUUUGCGUGAACAAAAUGCACACAUUCAAAGGAAAAUGGCAGCUGGGGAAGGGUCUGCUGAAUCAGAGCAUAUUGAAGGAAUGGAGCCAGGGCAAAAGGUUCAUGAAAAGCGCCUAUCAAAUGGCUCAAUAGACUCAAAUGACGAAGCCAGUCAAGUUGUUGAACUUCAGGAGCUAUUGGAAAAGCAAAACUAUGAAAUGGCACAGAUGAAGGAGCGUUUGGCUGCACUGUCUUCUCGGGUGGGAGAGGUAGAGCAGGAAGCAGAGACUACGAGAAAGGAGCUCAUUAAAACAGAGGAAAUGAACAGUAAAUAUCAGAGAGACAUUAGAGAGGCAAUGGCACAAAAGGAAGAUAUGGAGGAAAGAAUUACUACGCUGGAGAAGCGCUACCUCAGUGCUCAGAGAGAAUCCACCUCCAUCCAUGACAUGAAUGAUAAGCUAGAAAAUGAACUGGCAAACAAGGAAGCCAUCCUGCGUCAGUUGGAAGACAAAAACAGACAGCUGCAAGAGCGCCUUGAGCUGGCUGAGCAGAAGCUGCAGCAGACGAUGAGGAAAGCUGAAACCCUACCUGAAGUGGAGGCUGAACUGGCUCAGAGAAUUGCAGCUUUGACUAAGGCAGAAGAAAGGCAUGGAAACAUUGAGGAACGUAUGAGACACUUAGAAGCUCAACUUGAAGAGAAGAAUCAGGAACUUCAAAGAGCAAGGCAAAGAGAAAAAAUGAAUGAGGAGCACAACAAAAGAUUAUCGGAUACUGUAGACAGACUUUUGACAGAAUCCAAUGAGCGUCUGCAACUACACUUAAAAGAGAGAAUGGCAGCACUCGAAGAAAAGAAUGUUUUGAUUCAAGAAUCUGAAAGUUUCAGGAAAAAUCUAGAAGAGUCCUUACAUGAUAAGGAAAGGCUUGCUGAAGAAAUUGAGAAGCUGCGGUCUGAACUGGAUCAAAUGAAACUGAGGGCUGGUUCUUUAAUUGAACCCACCUUGUCAAGACCUCAUCUGGACACAUCAACAGAGCUGAGGUACUCAGUGGGCUCACUAGUUGAUAGUCAGUCUGACUAUCGGUCAACUAAAGUGAUAAGGCGACCUAGAAGAGGCCGGAUGGGAGUACGCAGAGAUGAACCAAAGGUAAAAUCACUUGGUGAUCAUGAGUGGAAUAGGACGCAGCAGAUGGGUGUUCUGAGCAGUCAUCCGUUUGAGAGCGACACGGAGAUGUCGGACAUCGAUGAUGAUGAUAGAGAAACACUGUUCAGCUCCAUGGACCUGCUGUCACCAAGCGGCCAUUCCGAUGCCCAGACUCUGGCCAUGAUGCUUCAGGAGCAGCUAGAUGCAAUCAAUAAAGAAAUCAGGCUAAUCCAAGAAGAGAAAGAGUCGACAGAAUUGCGUGCUGAAGAGAUAGAGAACAGAGUGGCUAGUGUGAGUCUGGAAGGCUUAAAUCUAGCCAGAGUCCACCAAGGUACCUCCAUUACUGGCUCAGUGACAGCAUCAUCACUUGCAAGCUCAUCUCCUCCCAGUGGACACUCGACUCCCAAACUCACCCCUCGCAGUCCAGCCAGGGAGAUGGACAGAAUGGGGGUUAUGACGCUGCCAAGCGACCUAAGGAAGCAUCGGAGAAAGAUUGCAGUAGUUGAAGAAGAUGGGCGUGAAGAUAAAGCCACAAUCAAAUGUGAAACUUCUCCUCCUCCAACACCCAGAGCUAUCAGGAUGACUCAUACCCUUCCUUCUUCAUACCACAAUGAUGCCAGAAGUAGUUUGCCUGCUUCACUGGAGCCAGAAAGCAUUGGUCUUGGCAGUGUCAGCAGCAGUCAGGACUCCCUGCACAAAGCUCCCAAAAAGAAAGGAAUCAAGUCUUCAAUAGGACGAUUGUUCGGUAAAAAAGAGAAGGCUCGACUUGGACAGCUCAGAGGUUACAUGGAAACGGAGGCAGCAGCUCAGGAAUCUCUGGGAUUAGGCAAACUCGGAACACAAGCAGAAAAGGACAGAAGACUAAAGAAAAAACAUGAACUUCUGGAAGAGGCUCGGAGAAAAGGUUUGCCUUUUGCACAGUGGGAUGGACCAACCGUGGUUGCCUGGCUGGAGCUCUGGCUAGGGAUGCCAGCCUGGUAUGUCGCUGCCUGCCGUGCCAAUGUGAAGAGUGGAGCUAUCAUGUCUGCCUUGUCUGAUACUGAGAUUCAAAGAGAAAUUGGAAUCAGCAAUCCCCUUCAUCGCCUAAAACUCCGGCUAGCAAUCCAGGAGAUGGUAUCGCUGACAAGUCCAUCAGCACCUCCAACAUCCAGAACACCCUCAGGCAAUGUUUGGGUGACCCAUGAAGAAAUGGAAAAUCUUGCUGCUCCAGCUAAAACGAAAGAGUCUGAAGAAGGCAGUUGGGCUCAGACCCUGGCUUAUGGUGAUAUGAACCAUGAAUGGAUAGGUAACGAAUGGCUCCCCAGUCUGGGCUUACCUCAGUACCGAAGUUAUUUUAUGGAAUGCCUGGUAGAUGCGAGGAUGUUAGACCACCUGACAAAGAAAGAUCUGCGUGUGCACCUAAAAAUGGUGGAUAGUUUUCAUCGAACAAGCUUGCAAUAUGGAAUCAUGUGUUUAAAGAGGUUGAAUUAUGAUAGAAAAGAACUGGAAAAGCGAAGAGAAAUGAGUCAGCAUGAAAUAAAAGAUGUGCUGGUAUGGAGCAAUGAUCGAGUCAUACGCUGGAUACAAGCCAUUGGCCUCCGAGAAUAUGCAAAUAAUAUUCUAGAAAGUGGUGUACAUGGCUCACUUAUAGCACUGGAUGAAAACUUUGACUACAGCAGUUUAGCUUUAUUAUUACAGAUUCCAACACAAAACACACAGGCACGGCAGAUCCUUGAGAGAGAAUACAACAACCUUUUAGCACUAGGAACUGAAAGACGACUUGAGGAAAGCGAUGACAAGAACUUCAGGCGCGGCCCCUCCUGGCGACGGCAGUUCCCUCCACGCGAGGUUCACGGGAUCAGCAUGAUGCCAGGCGCCUCCGAAACGCUACCAGCCGGGUUCCGGCUCACCACCACAUCAGGGCAGUCGCGGAAAAUGCCCAGUGACGUUGCUUCAUCACGACUGCAGAGGUUAGACAGCUCAACAGUUCGCACAUACUCAUGCUGACAAGGCCUAGCAAAGAAGCCAGCACUGAAUUGUUGUGAGUAUUCUGUAGAGGCCAUCAUGAAAGCUCUUUGUAACUGUACACUACCCCACAUUAUCCAAGCACAAACCAGCAGGGAGCAGAGCACGUAACUAAGGAUUUGCUAGGCUGGUCACUGGGUCAUGACAACAGUCUUAAGCUCAGUCCGAAGGAUGCUACCAACCGUGUUUUGGGGAGAAGGCACAGGGAAUGAACCUACUUCAUGAGAACUUGAAAGAGAUCUGCUAGGAGCUGGAAUGGGGAGCAAUGCUAGCAAAGAAGACGAGAUUUACUUUUUUUUUUUUUAAAUCUAAUUAAAGCUAUGUCUCAAUUUGGAACAUCAGAUAGCUGCAUAAAGUUAGAACAAGACUUACCCAUACAGAAAAUCUUGAAAAUUUAUCUAUUACAGAGGUUCCUGCACUUCUCAAAUCAUUCAGAAUUGACAAAGAAAGGAUAAUCUGAGCUGGAUGCAACUUUGGAUCAGAUUUAGUAUUGGAAUUCAUGUUAAAUUUUUCACCAUAUAUCUUUUGAGUGUGACUAUGAAUAUCACAGAGUCACUGUUCCAGAGUUCUGUGGAAAUACAGUUUUCUAUUUUAUCCCAGCUUUUGGAAAAAAUACACACAUGAUGAGUACUUACAUCAAUAUGGCACCAUUUUAUCCUAGUAUUUUCUCAGUAAAACAGUUUUCAUUUAGUUACCUGAGGAAUUGCAAGGCAGCUGGAAAAAAAAAUUGGAGUAUCACCAAAACCUCAUCAGGCAUCAAACAUGCUUCAAUAGCUGCUGCAUAUUGCAGGCAAGACAAGCAAGUUGUUUUUUUGUUUUGAUUCCCAAGACUGGGAUAGAUUUGGGGCCAUCAAGAUUUUACUAACUCUGUGUUGGUUGAAAAAACGCUUAGGAAUAGCACAUGUUAACAGUGGGAAAAGUAGAUUGUUCAGGAUCCUCCUGAUGACAUGAGCCUUAAUUCAUAGAUCUUCAGACCUUCAAAAGACUGCAAAAGUAUAAAACCUUACCCUCAGUAAAAAAGGGAACUCUUUGAGCCACCUCUGAAAAAAUAAGCCUGGGGAGGUGUGGUUAUUUGUUGGUUUUGCUUUGGUUUGUUUUUUCUGAAAAAGCAAAGCUUAGCAGCUGAUUCUACAAAUAUGAUGAUGAAGUGCAUGAACUGUUGAAUUUUUUUUAUGAGUAUGCAUGUAUAGAUUUAAGCACAGUAUUGUAUCAGUAAGUCAGUGACAGGACUCUCACAGGGUUCGUGGUGACAGAAACUGAAGGCAGAGAUACAAAGCUUUUCUAUGUGCUUCAGAAUGGGAGUUGUAAGCAAUAAAGCAUGACCAAGCUAUGUCUUAGGCCAACAGUAAUGGGCCAGGCACUUGAGGUGAGGCUUGAAGAGAGAGCAGAAAGGCAGAAAUGGAAAACCAAUAUGCUAACAAAAAUUAAUUUUAAAUUAUCCAAACUAUUUAUUCCCACUAUAUUAAAGUAUCUAAAAAAGUAGCAAAGCACAAACAAAAGUAAAGUAGCAGACUUUCCUGACACUAGAAAUAUAUAUAUAUAUGGAAGGCAUGUACUUUGAGCAAAAAGAUGUGCAUAUAAGGUUAUACAAGCUAUACAAGUUAACUUCAAUUUCUAUUGGAGUAUUAGUAGUGUUUCAAGUACAUAAAUAAUUGCUGCUUGUCCACUGUUCUGCCAAUUACAUCCUAAUGUUAAAUGCUUGAGAUAUCUAUAAGGAUAUCAAAUUUGCAUCUACAUUGUAAAGGCUAAAUAUGUAAAUAUGUAAAUAUGGGGUUAACUGACAGUAAUGUACUACUAUUUCUCUUCUCAUUUACCUUUUAGAGAAGGAACAAGAUGAUGUGAGCUAGAUCUUUAGUACAUGCACUUUCUGUAAGGGCAAUUUCAAAAUGUCAUGCAGGUUAGAAACCAAAAAGCAAGUUAAAGUAAUUUUGGA